UGUUAUGACGUCAUGCUGUACCAUAACACACACUAGCAUGAAUGAAGUUAGAGGUGACGAAAUCAAGAUCUCCGUUUGUUUUGGUGAAAUUUCAAGGCCAUUUAGGACAUGUAUGUGUCUUCAACUCUUGGAAUUAUAGUACAUGUGAUCCAAAACGGUGUUUAAAAUUAUUCAAAUUCCUUAUGUUGUAAGAUGUUGUAAGAUAUUCAUUUCAUACGGCAUGGAAAUUUUUACACACACUCGUAUAAUUUCGACAAGAUGGAGGUCUAAGAUGGAUGUGUGCAUAUUUUAUGCGUAUUUAUAUGUAUUGUUCACAUCUCCAUUUGUGAUAUGCUCGCACGAACAAGAUAAAGACAAGCUGACAGAAGCUAGAAUUUCUUUGAGUUAUAUAGAUGUAAAUGGAAUUAAUAAAGAAGUUGAAUUCAAUCGAGUUGAUUUUGGUACGGGAAAUUACGGAAAAAAUGCUCGAAUAAAUUCAAGCCCUAUCAAAGGGCAACUAGUACAAGUUCAAACUUUGUAUAAUAAAAGUGAAUUAGGAUGCAGCGAGCUUGAUCCAGCAAUAAUACCUAAAGAUGAGCCAUGGAUUGCUCUUGUAAAGAGAGGGACAUGUAAUUUUAAUGAAAAAGUAUAUUUUGCUAGAGAUGCAGCUGCAGUAAUUGUUUAUGAUAACACAUCAGUUGAAGACACUCCUAUACAAAUGGAUUUGAAAGGGGCUCGAGAUGUUCAAGAUAUAGUGGCAAUCCUGAUUAGUUUUGAGAAAGGGAAGAAACUGGUGGACAUGCUAAAAUCUCACAAUGUUAACAUCACGAUAACACACAUGCCAAAGAAAGACGACCCUCCAGAUAGUCCUGGACAAUUGAACAACACGUCCGUCUUGUUCGUUUCAAUAUCUUUCAUCGUUCUCAUUAUAAUAUCACUGGCGUGGCUCGUGUUUUAUUACAUACAGAGAUGUCGCUACACAAAUGCCAAAGAAAGACUGAGUAGACGUUUAGCAAAUGCAGCCAAGAAAGCUAUUGCCAAAAUUCCACAGAGAACAAUCAAAGCUGGAGACAAGGAGCUUGAAGCCGAGGCUGAUCAGUGUGCUGUAUGUAUAGAGCCUUACAAAUGGAAUGAUGUCAUACGUGUACUGCCAUGCAAACAUGUUUUUCACAAAUCGUGUGUAGAUCCAUGGUUGCUUGAUCAAAGAAAUUGUCCAAUGUGCAAGAUGGACAUUCUGCGAGCAUUUGGAAUGCAU